GACCCGUGGUAGCGCCAAAGAGUCCCUGGGACGGCGUCACGACGGCGACGCUCUUCAAGCGGCUGAAUCCGGUUGUCCAAGACAUGUUGGCCCAGACUCCCCAGAUGAGAAAGGAGUGGGAGAAGUCAAUGAACACAGCGAUGCUCGAGAGUAAGAAGAAGAGCAUCCCAGAGCAGCAGGAGCUGCGAAACACACUGGAAGAGAACCUCAAGCAGAUGAACCAGAUCUACGAAUCCAAUCCGCAGAUCCUCCAAGACUUCCACCGGGCUCUCGUCAGCGGCGGUAAGGGAGGUCCUGUGCGACAGUCGGCUUUCCUUGAAGACUCAGCGAAGG